AUAGACGCCGGGCGUCGUGCGCGUCGCUUCACGGAGUUGAUGAUGGCCAAUGUGGAAAAAGAGUAGUUCGCAGAACAAGUAAACAUUGAAUUUGUCUCAUUUUUAAACCCAGAGUGUCAUUAACAAAAUAUGAAUGAAGUCGUCGAGUUUUAAUUUGCAGGUGAUAGGACUGUUCCUAUUGUCUCUGAUCCCAUGGCCAGGGCCGACGGUCUACAAAAUUUCCUGCCCAAGGGACAAUGCGAGGAUCGUACGGAAGAUUAUUCAAAACAAAUGGUUGCCCGUUUUGCAGAAAUACAAGGUCAGUUUGCCGCUGGAGUGUCCAUUCCAUCAUCAACGCGAAAUAUUCGGACCGCAACAGGCAGCAAAAUUUAAGCACAGGCCGUCGCAGUGGACGUGCGGUCUAUGCGGAAAGUCCUUUUUCGAAGAGAAAUUCUUGGACAUGCAUUUCGAUAAUCGCCACAGGGAGCACAUAAAUAUGGCAGAAGACGCAGUGUGUCUAGCCGACUACUGCGACAUCAUGAGGUGCGAUGUGCUGCUCACCCAAGAUCCAAAAACAGUUUAUCCGGAAACGGUCAAUACCGAUAUAGAAAUUUGGAAAGAGGCUUCCGGCUAUACCAAAGCUCUGGUAGCCGCAGGUCCGCGGGACGUAGCCAAAUACACGGUAAAAUCGGUAGCGCAGACAUUGAAGAACAGCAAACAAGAAGUGGAGAAGAAGGAGCGGUGUCAACAAACUGAAGCUCCAUCCGAUGACGGUAGUACAAUUGAGGAAAACUCGCAGAACAAGAGCUUCAAUAAUUUAUGCGGCGAAGAUUUAGUAGAUUCCGCGCUCCCAGCCGCAGACAAUAGACAACAACGAAUUGCCGAGCUGCAAAAGCUCAAGUCAAACUGCAAACCCGAAGAGUUGAUAAAAUUAAAGACCAAGUGCGAAAUACUCGUAAGGGAUUGUAUAGCUGGAUUGCUCAUACAACUUUCGCUGAAGGAUUUCAAAGAAGUUGAAGAGGAACUUAAUAGAGCUGUGUGCUGGUACCUGACAUGCGACAGAUAUUGGGAGGACUCGCAAAGUGAUAUUAGGUCCUUUCCUUGGGGUUUGCUUUGUAUGAUUAUUAUGGUUUUGUCUCUAGGGAUAUGUUUAUGUUAUUACAUAAUUUGGGUUCUCUUUGAAACCGAUGAUGUUAGUGUGACUAGCGCGAGUGUGACUGAUCGCUCCACACCGUCGCCCGCGCAUCUACUCAGACAGGAAGCAUCGACUUCUUCAGAUGGUCAUCAAUAUACUGAAGAUUACUACACCAGUGAUAAAGAUAACGAAUAUAUUUAUGUUACUUACCCACCUGACUUAAAACGUAGGUUGCUAGAAAGGUACGUAUUUGUUAUUUUGAAUAGUCGUCAAUUAGUAUAGAAUUAAUAGAAUAAUAUUAUUUUUGCAUUAAAUUUAGUUGCUACAAUAGAACAACCCGCUUGUGAAGAAAGCAAUCAUCUACCAACCCAGCUCGUAGUAUCUUCUUGUAAUGAACAGAUAUUUUCGUAUAGUGCAGUCGUCAAUUUCAGUACACUUAAAUGUUCGUGGAUAGAUAAUCUCUCCGUAUUUCUCCGCUUGUUGAGAACAGAUUCAAUUAAAAUUAUUUACUUUACAGUUGAAACGAUUGUUUGUCGACGCGUACUUUAUAGAAUUACUGCAUACACUAUGUUAUAUGGGCCGUUACAACAGUAUGUUUAGAAAUACUGACAUAAAGAUGAUACAAUCAUUCAUCCGUUAUUAUAUAUUCACCGAUAAUUAGAAAUUUGGACAAUGAAUAAAAAGCUAGCCCUUAGAACAUUUCUUUCUUCUUAAGUUUAAUAUUACACAUUCUGUUCAAUGUAAUUAAAAUAAAAUUAUUUA